AUGGAGCCCCCGCCAAUGAGCCUAUGGGUAAUUUGGUCAUUUCUCCUCCAUGCCAUCAUUUUCUCCUCCAUGAACGUUCCAUGGUUGUUGGGAUCUGCUGCUAACUUCUCCAACGAAAUAGAUCAUCUUGCUUUGGUCCACUUCAAACAUCUGAUAACUGACGAUCCUCUCCAUUCCUUGAGCUCCUGGAACCAUUCUCUCCACUUCUGCCACUGGCAAGGAGUGACUUGCGGUGGUCGCCGGCAUCCUCAAAGGGUCACGGCCUUGAACCUUGCUGGCCAAAACUUGGUGGGCCCCAUAUCUCCUUACAUAGCAAACCUCACCUUCCUCAGGAUCAUCAAUUUCGUAAACAACAGCUUCUACGGCGCGGUUCCCGAAGAGAUUGGCCAUUUGUUCCGCUUGCAGUAUCUCAGUCUGGCCAAUAACACAUUCACCGGAGAAAUUCCAGUAAAUCUGACCCACUGUUCAGAACUCAAAGUCCUCGAUCUUGACAUGAACCAGCUUGUAGGGAGGAUUCCAACUGGGCUAGGUUCUCUGUCCAAGCUCACCGAAUUAGACCUUGGUCUUAACAGUCUUACUGGAAGCAUCCCACCUUCACUUGGAAACCUUUCGUCUCUCACUUACCUUUAUAUUUCGAUUAACAGUCUCGAGGGCAGCAUCCCAAGUGAGCUCAGCCAGCUGGUAAGCUUAGAGGUGCUUGCAAUUUAUUCUAAUAACCUGUCAGGUAGGAUUCCUCCCUCGCUAUACAAUCUUUCAUCCAUUAACAGUUUGGACGUGGGAGAUAACAGAUUGAAUGGAAAUCUUCCAUCCAACUUAGGCCUCACUCUCGCUAAUCUCCAACAACUCUUUGUUGGAAGAAACCAAUUCACAGGACCCAUACCGGUUUCAUUACCCAACGCUUCGGGACUUGCACUUGUUUCAUUUGCGUUCAAUAGUUUUAGUGGAUCCGUGCCUAUGAAUCUUGGAAGCCUCAAGAAUCUCACUAAGGUAUUUUUCGGCCAAAAUCGACUUGGAACUGGGAAAUCUCAUGACUUGAGUUUUCUCGUUUCAUUGACCAAUUGUACUAGCUUACAAAUGCUGGACAUGAGCCAUAACCGUCUCAGCGGUGGGUUGCCUGACUCCAUAGCUAAUCUUUCUACCCAACUGACAUUGCUAGGACUUGGUGAGAACAGGAUAUUCGGAAGCAUCCCAUCUGGGAUUCAAAACCUUUUCAGCUUAACAAAGUUGUCUAUGCAAUAUAACUUUUUAACGGGUGCCAUUCCCAUUGGUGUUGGGAAGCUUAACAAAAUGGAGGUACUUACCUUCGGUAGAAAUGAAUUAUCGGGAAAUAUUCCAUCUUCCUUGCAAAACAUGUCCCGGUUGUAUAUACUUUCUUUAUACCAAAACAGUCUAACAGGGAGCGUACCUUCACGUCUUGGAAAUUGUACAUACAUGCAGUUCUUGCACCUCUUUGAUAAUAAUCUUAGUGGUAGGUUACCCAAACAACUUUUCAGCUUUCCCUCUUUAAUUGAAAUCUUUCUUGGAAACAACUCGUUUAGCGGUGAUCUGCCAUUGGAAGCCGGAUACCUGAAAGCUCUCCAGAAUUUGAAUGUUGCUAAUAACAAAUUGUCAGGCGAAAUUCCAAGCACACUAGGUAACUGUCUAAGCCUAGAGUAUCUUGGGUUGGAUGGGAACUUCUUUCACGGGUCAAUUCCUUCUACAUUUAGUACUCUAAGAGGCCUUCGAUCCCUGGAUCUUUCAGGCAACAACUUGUCUGGAAAGAUUCCAAAAUACCUGGAGAACCUUUCUGCUUUACAAUACCUCAAUCUAUCUUUCAAUGAUUUCGAGGGUGAAUUACCAAAACAAGGGGUCUUUAGAAAUGCCAGUGAAGUUUGGGUACUCGGAAAUAGUAAGCUUUGUGGAGGUAUCGAAGAAUUGAAAUUGCCAGCGUGCUCUAGCCAAGCUUCCAAGAAAUUGGGGAUGUCUUUUGCUUCAAAAAUAAAAUUCUCAAUAAUUGGUGUUGUCCUGUGUCUUAUUUCAUCAUCAUGUUUCCUUACCACUCUGUAUUGGCGGAAGCUUUGGUUCUGUAUAUAA